GUUGCAUUGGUAUCUUUGACGAGGAGGUUGUCAAAAUUUAUAGGGAUCUGAAAAAUUUUAUAAUAAAAGUGCUGUGAAAGAAAAUGGAAAAUCUGGACGAGAGGGUGCUGGACGAGAUCGAAGCCCUCAAGGCCAUACUCAUGGACGAAGUGGACGUGAAGAUGAACGACAGGGGACAGCCGGUGGCGGUGGAGACAGUGGUGCGGCCCUCCACGGCAGACGACCCUGGGCAGCAGUACGUGUGCCUAACUCUUGUUGUUGGGCUCACGGAUGGUUACCCAGAAAUGGCGCCUGAGGUGCGGCUGCGCAACCCGCGUGGCCUGGAUGACCACACGUUGGCCCGGAUCGAGCGCGACCUAGCCGACAAGUGUCGCUCCUACUGCGGCCAGCCGGUGGUCUACGAGCUAGUCGAGCUGACGAAGGAGCACCUCACCGCCAGCAACCUGCCCUCCUGCCAGUGCGCCAUCUGCCUGUACGGCUUCAGCGAGGGCGACCACUUCAGCAAGACGGAGUGCUACCACUACUUCCACUCGCACUGCCUGCACUGCCUGGUGACCAGCACGCGCGCCUCCUUCCUGGAGGAGAACUCCAAGCUGCCCGUGUGGCUGCGCCAGCGCGCCGACUGGCCGGUGCCGGUGUUGUGUCCCGUGUGUCGGGAGCGGAUCAGCUACGAUGGCGAGGCGCUGGCCGGAGCUCCCCCGCCUCAGGAGCUCAGCAACGCACACCAGUUCGAGAUGAGCGACGAGCUGAGGCGGCUGCAGGACAAGAUGGCAGCCCUGUUCUACCACCAGAAGCAGCGCGGGGGUAUCAUCGACCCGGAGGCUGACGAGUCCAAGAGAACUCUAGUGCUGGAUCAGCCGCCCAGUCCCCACUCGGAGACCAGCCCCGGGCCCAGCCUGCCGGCCCUGUCCCCCCAGCACGUGUCGGGGGAGGGGGCCCGUAGCUGGCGUCGGCCCGGCCCGCCUGCAUCCCCGGAGCACGCGGGCGUGCGCAGUUGGCGUCGCGGGGGCCGACGCCCAGGUGCCAAGCCACCCCGGGCCACCACCACCAGAUGACGAUGGCUUGUGGACUUCAGCUGGCCGUGCCGGCCUCCCGGGUAGAACUGCCCUCGUAGCCUCGCUCCUAGUGCUGCUGUCUCGUCGUUUCCUUGUGUGUGUCUGUGUCGGAUUCAUCCUGUUACAAACAUGUCUUGGAGAGUGUGGCUUGCUUUGCUACCAGAUGCACGGGAGUGGAGGAGUCCUGCAGCUUACCUCUGAGGCAUUUAGGAUAUUUAUUUUUUUUUCAAUAACUUUCAAGCUCUUUUGAGUAAAUAUUCGGCUUAACUAUAUUGAGUAUAUAUCCUUCAACUUUUAGGUUAUGCUAAUGUUUUUUAUUGUCACAAAUGUUUAAAUACAAAAUAUGAAUGGCAGUUGUCCACAUGAUUGUGUAGACAUUGUAAGCACAUGUUAUUAGCUUCUGGCCAUGAUUGUGUGACGGCUGCAGAGCAGCGGGAAAAUGUUGGUGCGUACCGGGAAUGCACUUGGAGUCGGUCGGGGAUGCUUGACUGGGCUUCGUCCAUGGAUGAUACUGUGGAGCAGAAACUCAGUGAUGUUUCACAGGGUGAGAUAAUUCUUGACCACCUUGUCCCGGUGUCCACACACGCACAUCAGACCACCUGCCUGCCCAGCAUGUCUCCGGCACACACAAGGUCUGUGGUGGGAUAACCUAUGUCCGCAAAUAAUCUCUUGUGAUGGAGCAAGUCACUAAUUUUUAAUUAUUAUGAAUUGUGAACCAUGAUUAAAAGAAUUAAAUUAUAACUAUUUUAAUUAAGUACAAAUACGUAGCCCAGUAUAGUACAACAUGUAUAGAUUAUUUUGGAACACUCACAGAUGCGCUACACAAUGCUGUUCAUAACUGCACAUAAGCAUAUACAGUAAACCCCAUUGUUACAACCCAUUUAUAUUACUUUUAUUUUUUUGGAACCAUGAAACAUUUUACAAAAUUAAGUAAAAAAUGUAAAGGAAAUAAGCCCAAAAUUCGUGUGUUUCUCAUGGCAAGUGCAGUACUACAAGUAGCACAGUAGACAUCCCUAUACCUGGUAAUCUUCACCCUCCACCCGGUAGCCUUCCCAUCUGCUUCUGGCGUUACGGUAGUAUAACCUCAUUACUAAGUACUUACAGGGACCUUGAGUUUUUGUACUUAGCACUGAAAAAUACAUACAUAUCAUCAUUACAAAGAGAAAAAUCAUAAAAUUAAUCAAAAAUAUAGCAUUACUGUAAGAUACAACAUGAUCAUUUGGUGAAAAUCUGGCAUCAGUUUCUGCAUACCUAAGUUUAUUAUUAUUUUUAUUUUUUUUUUAAAUAUCUGUCAUUUCAGGUUGUUUUUGAGUUUUAAUGAUGCUCUUUUGAGCAAAAUGUUCUAUGUCAUAGAAAGAUUUCCUGAUCUCUUCUGAAAAAUGUUCAUGUUUGGAGAGGAAUUUGCUUAGUUUUUCUAAGCUGAGAAUAGCUUCCGUAGCUGUCACAGGGGCUCCUCACUGUCAGCUUAUGAUGACUGUAAUUGAAUGACUUCACUAAUGAUGUCGCUGUCAGUCAACACUGGUGUCAUUUCUAUUUAAUUACCCACAGUCAUUGUCUGUGAAUGAAACAGCAUCAAACUGCAUGGAGGCUGACAUUUCUUGCCAUACUUCAGGGUCAAUGUCAUUUCUUUCUCAUGUUUGUGCUGUGGUGUGGCUUGCAUCCUGGUCUGAUGAAGUCGCAGUUAGCUCGUCAGCAUUACAGUUUACAAUGCCAGACUUUCUCCAGCAGUUGGCAAUACAGUAGAAUCUCGUUAUAGCGAGCACGGUAAUAGCGAGAACACGGCUAUAACGAGCCGUGUUCUCGCUAUUACCGUGCUCGCUAUAACGAGGUAUUUUUGAGGAAUUUACGGCGUGAUCGCUUGAAGCGCGCUUUUGUUAUUUUUCUGCUUUAUCUCCACCCCUCUCGCUCGCCACUAGACAUCUUGCCGUUGACGCCUGUCACAUUCUUCAGCCUUGCAGUCGCCACCUAAGUGCGUGGGUUUAUAAAUAUAAUCCCAUCCUUUCUUUCUUUUAUCAAACUUCCGUUAGUUAUCUGUGUCGUGUGUAGACAAAGUUUGAGAUUGGAACAGAAACAACGUAAGAAAGUAUUUUUUACAAAUUAGAAAUAUGUAAGUUUUUGUUUUUAUAAUCGCGUAUUUUCACGUUUUUUUUUGGUUAUCUUAAAUGAGAUAAUAUUAAAAAGCCGCUCUAAUGAGAUUUAAUUGUUUCUUGGUUAACAAAAACUAUUAAUUAUCAAAUACUGUUAAUUGUUUAUAUUAUAUUUAUUAUUAUUUACGCGACGUCAUACUGUACGCGUACGCAAUACGACUGGAUUCGUUGCUGCAACAUAACAUAGCAUGUUAUGCGGUAUCAGAAGUAACGAGUAACGUAACGAUAGUAACGAGUACUAAUUGUUAUAGUAACGAAUAAAUACGGGUACACAUUUUUUCGUUACUUUUACACCUCUAGUAGGCACUACCGUAUUUAUUUCCUAAUCGCUAGGGCAGUUUUCUUGUAACUUUUGUUUCGGGCAGUUUUUGGGGUAUCUGUCCGGGAAAGGGGUGGUGAUGGUUUGAGUUUAAUCCCAAAUUUAUUUUCUAAAAAAGUUGACAGGUUUCUUUAAAUGAAAAAAGUAUAGUUUUCCAGCGACUAUUUCGUUUGAGGCGUACGUGCGUUGCCGCAGCCGCACUCCUGCUUUUUUGUAAGGAAUUAAAUUGUCGUGCUACACUAGCACCACCUGUUAGCAACAUCCCGAACCAACAUGGCCGCCAGCAGACAGCCCGCGUCGGCAAUAGAUAGCAGGACAAUGCUGCGUCGGCCGCGGGCUGAGAUGCUAUACUUACGUGGCGUGGUAGGGUAUUCUGGUUAUUUUGACGCAAUCGGUGAUCGCAUCCGUACUUAUGGGGUAUCGUUUUAAAGAGAAUUCACACAUCUGCUCACAGAAAUUAAGAUUUCGUUAAUAUAACCUGUUAUUUUCUAAUUAUACAGGUUUAAACACAAUUUUUAUGCUAUUUUCGGUUAAUUUUUAUUUUUUGGGGGCCAAAAUCUGUCCAAUUCGGUUAUAGCGAGGACACGGUUAUAGCGAGGAUCAAACCCGGAACCGUGACACCUCGCUAUAACGGGACUCUAGUGUAGUUUCUUGUUGAACAUUCCACCAUCCACCUGUGAUCAUCUCAAUUUCCUGACGAACAUUGAUGUUGGUGGGCACUUUUAACCUAAUGUUGAUGAGCAACCUCUCAACAAGGCGUUUUCUAAAAUGUACCUUGGCAUUCUGAAUAAUGCCUUGAUCAAAGGGCUGCAACUGAGAUGUGCAGUUCGGUGGCAGAAACAUCAGUUUGUUUUUUCCAGUCUAACAACACUGUGUGCUACGCAGUUGUCUAUUAACAAAGAAUUUUUCUUCUUUUUUUUUUUUAGUGUCCUUAUCAGUCUUUACCAGCCAAUUUUGAGAAGAGUUCUCUUGUCAUCCAUGCUUGGGUGUUGUUAGCAUAAUCUGCAGGAAGAAAAAGAAACUCCUUUGAAGCACCUGGGAGUCUUGUGUUUACCAGUGAUUAAUGGCCUCAAUUUUUUUUGUUCCUGUGGCAUUGCAACAAAGCAACACAGACAACCUUUCCUUUGCUUUUUUUUUGCUCCAGUGAAUUUUCACCUUCAUAUGCCAUUGUCUUGUUAGGCAGAAGCUUGUAAAAAUAGGCAGUUUCAUCAGCAUUGAAAAUAUUGUCUAAUGAGUACGACUUAAAAAUACUCUCCAGCUUCUCUUCCUUCGACUGGUUUGCAGCCUCUGUGUCCGCAUCUUCAUCCUUCCCACUCGCAGCCUUCCAUGAUGUACCAUGUCGUUCCCAGAAGCACUGCACUCCCUUGGAAUUCAUUGAUGUCCAUAAGCAAUGCAAACUGUCAUGCUUUUGAUAGUGGAAUGUGACUUUAAAACUGUUCUUAGUCUGUGUUUGUUUCCCAAACGUAUUAUUUUGUUGAAGACACCACGAACGUAGGGACUAAUUAAUGUGCCACUUGAUUUAUUUAUAGUUUUUUGUCGAUUGUUUUGGAAUUGGUUUUUUUUUCAAGUGCUGUUUUAUGAUGUCAGAUGGGUAGCCAUAUGCUAUAAGUUCAUAUUCAUAAGUGUCUAAUAUUUAGAGGUUGAACAUUUUGUCCAUGUUGUCAUCGAUGUGUUGUCGAUAAUACUUGCUUAGUUUCAUUGUUGGUUCCGUUUAUCUGACAUCAGCCGAUUCAGUCUUGUUUUCUGUGAAUUUUUUAUCUUCAUAUUUUUAUUUAAUUUUUUAUUUAUUUUUGGAAUUUUUCCAUGAAAAACAUUGCAAAUAUGCAAUGGCAUAUGUCCAAAAAACUGCGUUAAAUGAACGUUCUUAAGUUGCAAAAUGUUACCUGCUCAACAGUGUCUCUGAGGAUGUUAAAGAAGAAUGUGCUGUAGCAUGCGAGGAGCGGGUUGCGGCCGUGAAGGCACUGCCACUGGCAGCCUCCCAGAUCUGCCUCCUGCAUGUGCAAUCUGGCAUUAGUGUCACGAUUAGCCAGGAAAAUGUACAGUCAUAAUAGACAGUUUGCUUAAAACAAAAUUAAAGGUAAGCAAAGAGAUGAGUGAAGUGCUAAAUCAGACUGGUACAAAAAUCACUUUAAACAUCCGCACACCUUGCUUUUGCUCUGGCAUUGAGCUGGUGUUCCUGCCAGCAGCCCCUAGACAGACAAGGAUGUGCUUAGGGCAAUGGAAGCGAUAGUCGCUAGUUGGAUGGCAUUAAAACAAACUACCGGUACCAACUGCCACAGUCAUGCCCACUGUUAAAUUCCACGGUUGGCCCGGCAAUACAACUGAGAAAAAUAACAAAGAAAUUUUAUAACUUCUUAUUGUAGAUAUUUAAAGAUUGUUUUAAGUUACUCAGUGAUUUGGUAAAGUUUUUAAUUUAAAAAAUUGGUUGUCUGUAAAGUCGGUUUACGGACGAUAGUUUAACGUGACGUCAUAACAAAACAUUGAUGAAAUGAUUGAUCCAGAAGAAAAGGAAAUAUAUCCGGCCCAGGGGCGCAACAACUAAAUUUCCAAAGGGGGGGCAAUAUACCUUUUUUUAUAAAGAAUCAUCGAUCCCCCCUAUUGAGGCGGGGAGUCCGGGGGUCCUCCUCUGGGAAAAUUUGUAUUUCAAGGUGGAACUGGGUGCUAUUUAAGCAGUUUUAUUAUCUAUUAUUUCUUUGCCCCCAUUUGCCCCCACUUCAAGGUUUCAGGGGGGGGGGGGUGUCAACCCUUGCCCCCCCCCCCCCCAUUUUUGUUGCGCCCCUGAUUCGGCCUGAGACUGAGCCGUAAUAGGUUUUUGCAACCAAACCAGUUAGGCAUUAAAAAUAUUAUAUUCUUUGAGGAAGAAAUUUUUUUUUAAAUUUUUCUAAUUUUUGUAUGAUAAAAUCUACCUCAGCAUACUUUUAUGAAUAAAAUUGAAUCAUUUUUAUUUAAUUAUCACUAUUUUGUAUGAAUACAAAGGAGUGAAAUGAAAUGUACAAUUUAAUUAAUAAAUUUACUUUUAUUUGCAUUCAUUAAUUCAAAUAUAUUUAGUACUUUUGAAAUGUUGCGUGCGCCAUAUUUAUUUUUACAAGUACAAAAAAAAAAUUCGCAGCUGCCGGGAUUCGAACAGACAACCUUUAGAUUAGAAGUUAGUGGUGCUGACCACCAGGCCACGAGGCCACACUUGAAAUAUAAUAGUUUCAGAUGUUAUAUACAUAUUUAUAAACUUUUUGUUCACGGUAGGGGAAUAAUAUUAUUUUGUUUUUAUAACAAGAUUUUAUAACAAAUACGUAUCCCAAAUACACUAAACUUAUUUAUAAUUUGUUACAAUUUUUUUAAAACAUUAUGCAAAAGAUCCCGUGUGUAAUUUGAAUUAUUAUGUGUAACUGUACAACACCAUUGUUGGUUCAAAACGUAUUUCAUUAUUCAACAUUACUUUUAAAUAACUGUACCGAUUGUGCUGAAAAUCGGUUGAUGAUCGUUAAAUUACAUAAUAUUAAUAAUUCAAGCGAUGAAAAUAUGAUUGAAAAGUCAAAUCGAUGGUUGUUCCAAUCGAGUGGAAGAGAGAUGCCAUGCAUGCGUACAAUGAGCAAACAGGACACAUCCGUAGUGGGACAUCCAUAGUGGGACACUUUUUCGUGCGUGCAGCCGGCGUUCAUUGAUUUAUUAGACGUUGUCACGUCAAAAAAAUUUUCCAAACUUCCUUUGUUUUUUACUUUAAAAAAAAACUUAAACUCGCACACAAUACCAACCAAAGUUCAGUCCUCUGGUCAAAGUUUGUGAAUCAAUAAAGUUUUUAUACUGGUCGGAUUGUUUUCCGAUAAAAAAAAUCUUAAAUACAUACCAACACAGUUCCAGUUGGUCUUCAGAGCUUCCUUUCGCUUGAUAUUAAAAAUAAAUAAAAUGUCCCAGGGUUAAGAUCACUUAACCAAACCAGGUACGUUCUCCCACGGAAACUUUUAUCGGGUGUGUGAUGAUGGUCACCCUGGGUCGAUCCCGACGCCUGUAGUCAAAUUUCCAGGUAAAAAUUUCCAAACAAUAUUAAUAAAGGUUACUCUUCGGCCUGGUCCCAACCAGCAGGCGUGAAGUGAUCUAUUCUGAGAUUUAUUUAGUUUUUUUCGAGAGAGCUGCAGACGACGUGGUCGCACGUAGCAACGAUCGAGCGACAACUAACCUUGCACCACGCAGUUACCUUACUUUUACAAAGCCAAAACAAAGGGAGGCAAUCCUGUGGGCCAACUGACCAAUCAAAACACAGAAUCCAGUAUCUGACCAUAUAGGGGAAAAUACUGAAAAAAUGUAUUUCUCUAUAAGUCUGGGAAGACACAUCACACCACUUCAAAGCUUGCUCUGAUUGGCUGGCGAGACAGCACCCAGCGAAAGUUCCAGUCUAUUACUGAGCAGUCAUGCGCCCACGUUCUGGGGUUUUCCAACAACGCACUAACUUGAGGCCUGAAAAGUAACUUGCCGGCGACAAUGUGUCACACCCGUGUCUUCCUUUCUUCUGAAACCUUCUAGAAUGUUACAGCGUGACUACCCAGACUAUAAUUUAAAAUAUAACAGAACCUAAUUAAUACACAUGUUAAUUAUAAGUGGUAAAGUAAACAAAUAAUAAUAAAACACAGUACAUUCAGCUUUGAAUAAAACUUAACCCAAAUUAAUAAUAAACACUAUUAAAGCACAAAUAAAAUAUUUGAAAUACACCACUUGGUCCCUCUCACUACCAUCAACACUGAAUACUGGUGCUAACCACAGACAUUCUGAAUAUUCAAUAUUCUCCCUUUUACAUAUGUGUUUGAAAUACUGCAAAUAUAUCAUCAUUAGUAAUUGUGCUCACUGUUUUAACAGUUUUUGCAACUGUACUUUCUGCUUGUGGAAAAUAUUGAGAGUUGACAUUUCAUUUGCAGGUACAACUACAUUUUCAAAUUUAACUUUCAAAUUUAACCAAGUGCUGGUGAGAAAGUGUAGUAAAAUAUUAAAAGCAUUUCAGCAAACUGUCAUCAGUCUUGUGUUUUGUUUAAACUCAAUAGUGACUACACAAUGCAUGCAACAGAUGUGUGAUGCGUGGUUAUAGAGACAUAUAUGUAAUUGAGUAUGUACGUACACUAAAGUUGACAUUUGGAAGAAGCAGUGGCCACCACUGCUGCUAGAGCUGUCUGGUCGAGAAACAAGUUAGCGAGGAGAGUCCGUGUGUUGCAGCUUCAUACGUCUUGCCAGUGGAAUCAAGUUCAUUUGGUGAAAGUAGUAAAAUAAUUUCAGUUAAUGCUUCUGGGAUUGUUACAAUAUUUUAGGAUGGUUAAUGAGAACUUAUUUAAAAGUGUUGCAUAAGUUCUAUGGUGAUUUUAAAAUCAUGAGUUUAAGUAAAAGUGUUAUGUCUGUGCCUAGUGAAAUUAGUACUGGUUUCUUUAGUUGUGAUGAUAAUAUUAUUCCGUUUUGAAAUGCAUGGUUUUAAAAAUUAAUAUUAUUUCAUUCAUUAAUUAGAACAGAUUGCCAGAAACUCAAAAAGUGUGAUCCAAGUGGAGCCAGUAGUUACGACUCAUUCCAGCUGGUUAGUCAAGUUGAUUGCACUUGAUGGGACAGGACGAGAUGAGAUGAGACUCAAAGGUAUUUUUCUUAGAACAUGUUACGUAUAGUACAUGUGCAGAGAGAAUAAAAUCACUUACCACUGUUUCCAAAAUACCUUAUAGUGAAACCUUGUAUUUCCUAUUUCCAAUCUUAUACAGUUAUUUUGAAUAAUUACACUGUCCGAAAACGUAUGUAUGUCUCGCUAUGUACGUAUCAAAACACUAGAAGUAGCCACUAUUUUAGAAUUAAAUGUGUGCAGUACAUCAUAUAUUUGUAACACACCAAAUAAACUUAAAAAAUAAAAUAUUUUAUUAGUGUCUCAAA